GCUGAAAUACUUGUUGUUGUCUGGGAAAAUGGCGUCAAACGUAGAGGCCCCUGAGCGCUGGUACCUCGCCCUUCUCGGGUUCGCGGAACAUUUUCGAACCUCUAGUCCGCCCAAAAUUCGACUGUGUGUGCAUUGUCUCCAGGCCGUGUUUCAGUUUAAGCCUCCACAGAGGAUCGAGGCUCGGACACACCUUCAGCUGGGCUCCGUUCUCUACCAUCACACCAAGAACAGCGAGCUGGCCCGCAACCAUUUGGAGCAAGCGUGGUUUAUAUCUCAGCAAGUCCCUCAAUUUGAAGAUGUGAAAUUCGAAGCGGCCAGCAUCUUGUCCGAACUUUACUGCCAACAGAACAUGGUGGACUCUGCAAAGCCUCUGCUACGCAAAGCCAUCCAGAUCUCCCAGCAGACUCCUUACUGGCACUGCAGGCUGCUGUUCCAGUUAGCGCAACUUCAUACAUUGGAGAAAGACUUGGUGUCGGCUUGUGACCUUCUAGGUGUUGGAGCCGAAUAUGCCAGAGUGGUGGGCUCCGAAUACACCAGGGCCUUAUUUCUUCUCAGUAAAGGAAUGUUGCUUUUGAUGGAGCGGAAACUCGGGGAGGUGCAUCCUCUUCUGUCGCUGUGUGGAACCAUCGUGGAAAACUGGCAGGGAAACCCCAUCCAGAAGGAGUCUCUGCGGGUCUUCUUCUUGGUCCUACAGGUUACUCACUACCUGGAUGCUGGACAGGUCAAGAGUGUGAAGCCUUGUCUGAAGCAGCUGCAGCAGUGUAUCCAGACCAUCUCUACACUCCACGACGACGAGAUUCUACCCAGCAACCCGGCUGAUCUCUUCCAUUGGCUCCCCAAGGAGCACAUGUGUGUCCUCGUAUAUUUGGUGACGGUCAUGCACUCCAUGCAAGCAGGCUAUCUGGAGAAAGCUCAGAAGUACACGGACAAGGCCCUCAUGCAACUGGAGAAGCUAAAAAUGCUGGACUGCAGCCCCAUCCUCUCAACGUUUCAAGUCAUUCUGCUGGAGCACAUCAUCAUGUGUCGCCUGGUCACCGGCCACAAGGCCACUGCUUUACAGGAGAUUUCACAGGUCUGUCAGCUGUGCCAACAGUCCCCCAGGUUAUUCACCAACCACGCUGCUCAGCUGCACACACUGUUGGGUUUGUACUGCAUCUCCGUGAACUGCAUGGAUAACGCAGAAGCACAGUUUACCACAGCUUUGCGGCUCACCACACACCAGGAGCUUUGGACGUACAUCGUAACCAACUUGGCCAGUGUGUAUAUAAGGGAAGGAAACCGACACCAGGAGUUGUACAGUCUCUUGGAGAGAAUAAAUCCUGAUCAUAACUUCCCUGUGAGCUCCCACUGCCUCCGCGCUGCAGCUUUCUACAUCAGGGGCCUCCUCUCCUUCUUUCAGGGACGCUACAACGAGGCAAAGCGUUUUCUGAGGGAAACCUUGAAGAUGUCUAAUGCCGAGGAUCUGAACAGACUGACCGCCUGCUCUCUGGUUCUGCUGGGCCACAUUUUCUACGUCCUGGGAAACCACAGGGAAAGCAACAACAUGGUUGUGCCUGCCAUGCAGUUGGCUAGCAAGAUUCCUGACAUGUCUGUUCAGCUCUGGUCUUCAGCCCUACUAAAAGACUUGAACAAAGCUCUUGGAAACAACAUGGACGCCCACGAAGCGGCACAGAUGCACCAGAACUUCUCUCAGCAGCUCCUUCAGGACCACAUCGCUGCCUGCAGCCUCCCUGAACAUAACCUCAUCAGUUGGACCGAUGGCCCCCCACCUGUUCAGAUUCAAGCCCAGAAUGGUCCAACCACCAGCCUUGCUAGCCUUCUAUGAGGAGUCCUGGAGUGUCCAGCGGUAUCUGGUGGACCCUCUCUGACGCCUAUUCACCUCCUACAGCCACUACAGCGUGGGAGGAUUUCAUGAGUUGACCUUCUCUUCUUGCUCAUCCAGAUUUGUUCCUGGUCGUCAAAACGUCGUUUUUUUAAAGUUGUACAAUAAUUCAAAGCGCUGUUGUAUUGAACCCUUUCUAAAUGCGCUGUCGUUUGUACGGCACAAUUGAACUCUUGAAGAGUGAAGGACACAAGGUAAUGUACACGAGGCUUCACAGCCUCUGAUAUGGGGACUAUUCAUUUAAGGGGGGCUUGUUUUUGGGAGGUAAUCCCAUGUAUUGGAAACAGCUGGUUAGUUGGGGGGGCAUAGAAAUGUAGAAAAAAAUAAUUUAUUUGUGUUGCUAUUUUUGUAAUUGUUGGUAAAUAUUUUGCCUUUUUUUGUAUGGAUGGUGGCGCUCUUAAACAUGCAUGGACGUUAGUGAUGUGUACUCGCUGUAAAAUAGGUCACUAACAAGAGCCCCCCCCCCUCAUGAAAACAGAAUAGGAAAACUAGAGCUCAAGUCCUGAUUUCAAAGUCUGAAUUCUUUCAUAGCUGAACAGAAAAAAACAUUUAGCUACAGUGGAACGUCAAUUCUUGACUUACUUCCUUUAAAAAAAAUAAUCCUCAUUAAAUAAAGAAACCGCCAUAAAAAAGAAGAAUCCAUUUUCACAAUUUCAUUUUGACUUUUGGAGCUUUCGGCAGAUAUGGAAAGUUAAGAUUAUAUUUUAUUGUAUUUUAAUUUGUCAUGAUAGUUAUAGUAAAAAAAUAUCUCACAGUAUGUUUGUAUAGAUUUGCCUCUUGAACAUUUAUUGUACAGUGACAUUUUAUAAAUUUAAUUUAGUAAAGUGUGAUGUAUUAUUUUAGCAACCUUAUGUAGGUUUUAAAUGCUUGCUAUUUAAAACACUGUAAGAACAUGCAGUUUGAGCUCGAGUACUAGCCAUAUUUUACCCAAUUCCUAUGUUUUUAAUUCUUCUAUUGUUUUCCAAUAAAAUAUAAUUGAAUAUAUUCCUUGUCA